AGUCCAUGCCUUCAAGGAAAUGGACUACAAAUAGCACAUUCCGUUAUCCGUUUUCGAAAAAUAUGCUUUCAAACGAUGUGUUUACAGCACAGAGGCUAAUCCACAUGCGAGCCGGUUCACGAACCGAAUUUGGGCUCGAGGUUUUUUUUUAAGAAGCUGAAUUUAGCUGUUGCUCCGCCGGAAGUUUAACUGUGUUUACUCUCCUUUUUGUCCACGCAGUGUAUCCGUAGGAGCGUGAGCGAGCCUGCGGGGAAGGAGGAUGGACACAGAGCCUGUGCCGUAUAUACCAGUGCUGCAUCACUGGUUCUACAAGAAGACGACAGACGGCAAAGACUUAUGGAAACCUUUUAGCACUGAAGAUUCACAGACGCUGGAGGAGGCUCACACACGUGGCAGUGGUGAUGAGGUGGUGGUGGCCACAGGGGGCGGGCGUUAUGAUGUAAGAUUAAAGGAGCGACGUUGUUAUGCCGUGUAUUGGGAUCAGGAUCCAUCUGAAGUGCGCAGAUGUUCCUGGUUUCACAAAGGAAACAAGGAGAUGCACUUCACUCCCUACACCGAGGAGAUCAGUGAAAUGCUGGAGGAUUUCUACAUGAUCUCUGUGUCCCUCGACGAGUGGAAAACAAACAUAAAGCUGCCCACAGGAGAAACAGUCAUCUUUCACACCCCGAAGCUAAUAACCCAACACCCGUACUAUUCCUUGGACUGUCCUCCGUCUCCGACUGAAAGAACGCAUGCCAGAACAUUGAAGAGAGGACUGGAGAAUAUUCCUGUGCAAAUCCCACAGGGAGAACCAGACAUCGUGGAUCACCUGGUGUUCAUGGUUCAUGGCAUUGGGCCGGCGUGUGAUCUGCGUUUAAGAGGAAUCGUACAGUGUGUAAAUGAGUUCCGCAGCACUGCUCUCGCUCUCACCAAAAGUCAUUUCCACUCCAGUGAUAACAACAAAGGUCGAGUGGAGUUUCUGCCUGUUAACUGGCACAAAGUUCUACAUGGAGAAAGCACAGGAGUCGACAGAGAUAUGGAGCGGAUCACUUUGCCCAGCAUCAGGGGCCUGCGCCAGUUUGCCAAUGAUACAGUGUUGGACCUGUUCUUCUACAACAGUGCCACCUACUGCCAGACCAUUGUGGACACGGUAGCCUCAGAGAUCAACCGCCUACACAGCAUCUUUCUUCAAAGAAACCCACAAUUCACUGGAUCCGUGUCAGUGGCAGGACACAGCCUGGGUUCAUUAAUUCUCUUUGACCUUCUGACCAAUCAGAAGACAGGAGCAGAAAGCACCAACGCAGCAGAGGAUGAACACCCAGGCCCUUCCUCUGUGUCAGACUUCACCUCCUGUGCGAGUCUAGAUGAGGCACUAAUGAAUAUCGUCAUGGAAGAACAUCUCAGAAUCCUUCAGAAGGAACAAAUGGACAUGGAGUCUCUGAUGCUGUGCUCUCAGAGCGACCUGAGAGACCUAGGAAUCCCUCUCGGGCCUUGUAAGAAGAUUAUGAACUACGUGAACAAAUGGAAGCACAGAUCUGCAGCCCACACGGGAAAACAUUCUUCUCAUUCAGAGGAGAGAAAUUCUUCUGAAAUUCUCAUCCGAGAGAGUCGGGCGAAAACCAGCGCCGUUGACUACCAGCACUUUGAUAUGGGGAUUGGACAGGUCUCAAUCAAUUACCCGCAGCUCAGCUUCCACCCCCAGGCCUUCUUUGCUUUUGGGUCUCCUAUUGGAAUGUUCCUGACCGUCCGAGGCCUGAAGAGGAUCGACCCCAACUACAGCUUCCCCACCUGCAGGAGCUUCUAUAACAUCUUCCAUCCGUUUGAUCCGGUGGCAUACAGGAUUGAGCCUAUGAUUUUGCCUCCAGAUGAGGAGGUAGCACCCAUGCUGAUGCCCCAUCACAAGGGCAGGAAAAGGAUGCACCUGGAGCUGAGGGAAGGUUUGACGCGUGUCGGCUCAGACAUGCUGGGGUCUUUAUGGACAGUUUGGCAGAGUUUCUCUCAGCUUCCUGUUCCAGCGCAGGCUGUGGGAAAUGACACGGCUACAGCUGUAUGCGCAGCUGAGGAAAUAGAAACUUCACCCCUGGAACAGGAGGAGAACAAAAUGAUCAAGGUUGGAAAGCUGAACGGUGGCCGGCGUAUCGAUUAUGUCCUCCAAGAGAAACCGAUUGAAAGUUUUAAUGAAUAUUUGUUCGCCAUUCAGAGUCAUCUGUGUUACUGGGAGUCGGAGGACACGGCUCUGCUGGUUCUCAAGGAGAUUUACGGGGACAGUGGUUGCAGAUCUCCUCAGCAGUAAUGAUCCCGACUUACAGAGUUCUCUGUGAUGAUAAUAUUACAUGUCAUAAUAGCUUUUAUACAUUGCCAAAAUAAAUCAGCGCUCCUUCUCCAUGUUCAGGUUUACAUACAGUAUGUAACCUUUUGAAGGUGCAGUUUGUAAUUACACAGGCCUAUAAUAGCGCUGCCAUGUACUAGUUUCUUUAUUAGCAAGAAAGAGAGGUGAGGUACAGGCUUAUUACAGGCUUCUGUUUACAUUUUCAUGGGCCAGAAUUGGCUCUGACCCCAGCUGUUAUAGAGCUGAUCAACCCUGCCCAUUUUUUAUUUUUUUACAUCAAACCCAAAAGGCCUUUGUAGUGUCACAGUGUUUUUGUGAUUUACUCACAGUUAGCCUUGCAAGCAGGCAAGGGCACUAAAAAUUACAAAGUGCUCCUUUAAACAAGCGAUACACAACUUGCAGUCCUCAAGGACCAGGCGCUAUAGGGUUUCUGAAUACAAUAUAUAUGAGUCAGGUGACUACAAGCACAAAUUAUUUCAUUUAGUAGUGGUGAUUUAGAAACAUAGAGUGCUGCAUUUGCAUGUAAAGGACAUAUUUGAUUAUUUUGAAGUUAACUCAGAUUUGCGCCAUGUUCACAGCAAGGCCAGUAAUCUUCUGAUUGCUAGAGAGUCGUAUCUCCAAACUGCGGUUCAAGGCAGAAAGGAGUGUUAGUUAGGGAUUAGUUAGAUGUUAGAAUAGUUAGAUGUGUAAACCCCUGAAAAUGGGAGGAUGCGGAUUUGAGAUGCCUUUCUUAUUUUUGACAGUAAGCAAAUCAUGCUUGCUAACAAAUUCAUGAAAACUCUAUUGCUAGGCAACACAGAUCGGGAGCAUAAGCUAGCUCAAGAUUAGCUUUCAUUAUUAGCACUGACCAGGUAUUAAAAUUCUAAUGACUCCUGAUAGUAUUAAGACAUGAUUUUAUGUAAUAUUAUUGUAAUAAUUUGUAGAUAACUGCCACAAUGUUAGAUAACUGUAUACAUGUUUAUACUAUUACUUGAUUAAAAGUUUAAACUAACUGGCUAAUACAGAAAGAAAUAUUUAAACAGUAUUGACUUGACAUGACCUGAUGGCCUGCUAGCUUUAAAUUGACAGGAGAGUAUUUUUAGCUAGCUGGUUAAGAAUAAAUUCUUCUAAAAUGUG